AGUCUGUGCAGAGCGAGAGAGAGACAGAGAAAAGGGUAACGACAGGAUCCAACACACGGAAAAAAGCUGUUGCUGCAGGAACCACGUUGUUAUCCAUCACGUCUGUUUCUUUUCUUUUUUUUUUCCAGGAGAAGUCGUGUCUACAUGAUCGUUGUGCAACAUACAAACAGAUGAGCUGUCUUGUCGAAACCAAAUCGUUAGUGAAACAAGCAGAUUGAUCGUCACUGAUCAUCGCGGGCGGAUAUAUAUAUAUAUAAAUACAAACCCGAACGUCCUCCGGAGAAACAACAGUUGCCAUGGAAACGGUUUUGCUCUUCCUCUCCUCACUCCUGGUGUGUGUAGCCGCUGAAUCAGACUCCAGUGUUAUGGAGGAGCAUUCAGUGGCUGAAAAUCCUUUUAUUUACGAUUAUGAGAGUUUGAGAAUUGGGGGAUUGACGUUUGCUGUGAUCCUGUUUAUGCUGGGCAUCCUUCUAAUCCUCAGUCGACGAUGCCGCUGUGGAGGAAAACAGAAGCCCAGAGCCCCUGGAGGUGAAGAGGUGCAAGAGGAGAACCUCAUUGUCACCAAGGCUGCAGCGGCUGCCAAAGAGACUCCAGCAGAAAACUGAGGCAACGGGAGCGGUUUCAGAAAGGAAGCAACAAUAAUGUUUUAAAAACAAUAUUUAAAAAAAAAACGACGUGAGGUUUAUUCUAGUUACCUAUACGGGAGGGUGAGGACAAGUUGUAUACGUUUACAAAAAUGUAACAAGUGAGUAGAUAUUUUGCCAGGUGUUCAUUUUGUGUGUGUGUGUGUGAGUAGUCCUUCAGUGCUCUUGUCAAAUGCUGUGCCUUUUCUGUGAUGGUCUUUCACUGCAGUUUGUUGUGGCAUCUUUUGGCACAAGUUUGUCUUAUAAAUUCUCGAGAUAUUUUUAGUGUUGUGAGUUCAGAUGUUUUGUUGUUCUUCUAUCUAACUGACUUUAGGUUUUAGGAUUCGUGAAUCUGUUGCUCGUUUUCUCAGUCGUCCUGAGG